GUGUUUCCUGCCGGAGCUAUUAGCAAACGGAACCGGAAAUGCGGCGAAUCACAACUUUCACACAUGUGAGGCAGAGAAUCGGCCUCACUGCUUCCAGUCUUUAGUUAUUUCUGUAUAAAGUUGACAUUAAUACAUUUACAGUCGAGUCUGAACCCGUAACGGUCGCGUCGACACAAUGGCGGAGAACGUUCAGCAGCGGAUCGAGGAGCGGAUCCCUGAGCUGGAGCAGCUGGAGAGAGUGGGACUGUUCACCAGGAAAGAAGUCAAAUCCAUAAUCAAGAGGGCAACAGCCCUGGAGUACAAGCUCAACAGGCUGGUCACAAACAAAGACGACUUCAUCGCAUACAUUCAGUACGAAAUCAACGUUUUAGAACUGAUCAAGAAGAGAAGAGCGCACAUACAUUAUCAGUUCAAACGGGAGGAGAUCGAGUUCCCGGUCAUCCACAGAAUAAACAGUGUCUUCAGAAGAGCAACAAAAAAGUGGAAGGAUGAUGUGCAGCUGUGGCUCUCACACGUUGCUUUCUGUAAGAAAUGGGCCACCAAAGGCCAGAUCAGCAAGGUGUUCUCCUCCAUGCUCGCAAUUCACCCCGACAAACCAGCCCUGUGGAUCAUGGCAGCCAAGAGUGAGCUGGAGGACAGAAACUCCUCUGAAAGUGCCAGACACCUGUUCCUGAGGGCUCUGCGCUUCCACCCCAACAGCAAGAAAGUCUACCAGGAGUACUUCCGCAUGGAGCUGCUGCACAGUGAGAAACUGAGGAAGCAGAAGGCAGAGCUGGAGAAAGCUGAGAUGGACCUGGGUGAAUAUGAGUUUUCUCCAGAGAUCCUGAGCGGCAGACUGGCUGAGGUUGUGUACAGAGAUGCUACAGGGAAAAUCAAAGAAGCGGAGUUUGUCAUCUCUCUUCUGAACAUAGCAGCUAUCUUUGACUUCACCAAAGAACUCCAGGACUUCAUCCUGCAGGACUUGCAGGCUAACUACACAGAAGACAGCCUGACGUGGGACUUCAUGGCUAAGAGGGAGCUGGAGGCUCCGGGUGCAGGGGAGGAGCUGCAGACAGCCAAAGGCCGCGCAUCGGACAUCAACCGCAGAGAGGAGCGCUGCUGCCAGGUGUACGAGGAGGGCGUCAGCAGCCUCAACACCGAGCCCAUGUGGUCCUGUUAUGCUGCCUUCUGCUUGGAAAGGCUGAAGCGAAAGACCAACGUCCAGGAACUGAAGGAAAAGAGGCAGGAGAGGCUGCUGGGAGUGCUGGGGCGUGCCCACAACUCCUCACUGCUGAAGGAGGAUUAUUAUAAGAACUGGUUGCAGACCCUGCUCUCAUCUGGAAAUGCUGAGGGAGCGGCUCGCGUUGCCAUGGCAGCUACACAGCGCUACAGCCAAUCAGUGUCAGUGUGGAGCCUGAGUCUGCGGACCCUUAUGCAGCUGGGAAUCGGAGACGUGAGCAAGCUAUUCCAGGAGGCUCUCACGCACAUCAAUCCAAAGGAGAGUCUACCACUCUGGCAGCUGCAGGUCCAGUGGAGCGUUGCCAACCAGAGUCCUGAAGAGACAGAAGCCAUCUUCAAGAGAGGUCUGAUGUCUGCAGUAGCGGCUGUUGCCAUGGAGAUGAAAGAAAGCUACCUUGAUUGGUCGUUCUCCACCGGAGGCUACAAGAAAGCUAGGAGGACCUUCACAAGCUUACAGGAGAACCGUCCCUUGUCCAAGGCCUUUUUCACCAGAAUGAUUGAGAUCGAGAAGGAACAAGAGACCCCGAAGAUGAACAAUCUGAGAGACUACUAUGAGAGAGCCCUGCAGGAGUUCGGCACCUCGGAUGACGAUCUGUGGCUGAAGUACAUCCAGGAGGAGCUGGGGCCCCUCGGACAGCCAGAGAACUGCGGCAAGAUCCACUGGAGAGCCAUGAAGUUCCUGGAGGGGGACAGCGUGGAGAGGUUCACUUCCAAGCACACUCUGAUUCAGACCGGACACUUAUGAGUCGCCCGAACGGCCAAAAUGGCGUAGACUGAGGCCGUGAAGUUCAGAAAGCAAAAUCCAGCGUUCAUCAACUGUGUGGAUGUUUAUCAGCUGAAGUAGCGGCACACGUUUCAGGUGUUCCUCUUGAUCCUGUGGCCAUUUAUUGUUUCUGUUGGCUUAAACUGGAAAGCCAGUUUUGCAGUUUCUGAAGUUUUAUGUCCAUCAGGAAAAGGCCUGUCCAUUCCUCUUCAAAGGUUCCAGCUGUAUUGAGGAGAAAUGUUCUCGAUUGAUCUUUGCAGCUUUAAGUGGUUAUAUUUUAUUGACAGCUGUAAGUCACAGCUUUCCUUUUUCAUUCACAGCAGUGUGAGCUACAUUUGAUACCAGACUGUAACAUAUAGUAUUGUAAGGAUGUCCACUUUCUUUUAAUUCCAUGUUUAUUUGGCAUUUUGAGAGAACAAACUUUGAUGCUGUUACAAUGAUAUUAAAAACAGUAUCUCAUUCUGUUGUAGUCCCUCUGAGACAGUGAUGUACACAGAUUAACACACGUUUUUUUUUUCUAAACUCUGCACACAGAGCAAUAGUUUUCAGUGACCCACCACUUCUUUAAACAGUUCUCUUGGCAGGUUAGUCAAGUUAA